UCCUUGUGACAUUAGCCAUCUUUGGAAUUGGCCAUUAUCGGGGGCAUUUGUGUUUCACAAGCACAUCUUGUUGAAGUGUGAAAAGGGUUGUUGCAGGUUAGAAGCUUGGGAUUUUCCUGUAAUUUCGGUAGUUUCAAGUUUCACCCCCCCCUUCCGUGAAUAAAACAAGAGUUUUUUUUGUUUUGUUUUUAAACCCAGCAUUUAUUCAGUUGUCACAAUCCUUGUAUUUUGAGAUUGCUUUCCAUUUUCAAAGUAAACGUAUUAUGAACAAAAUUUAAUGAAUUUAUAUUUCAUUAAUAAUCAUCUAUUUAUUCAUUUAUUCAUCUAUCAUCUCUAUUUCAUUAUUUUUAUUUAAUUGCCUCUUUGUGUGUCAUAGUGAUGAUAGACAAUUAAAUUCAUGUUAUAUCAGUAUAUAAGAUCAAAAAGAUUUAAAACAAGAAUUAUUGUAACGUUGAAAACUUGUUUUUUUUUUUUUUUUAUUCAAAACAUUCAUUUCCAAGUUAUAUGCUCGGCCGGUCUUUAGCCUAACCUUGAUAGUAUUAUUUACUUCCGGUAAACACAAAAACUCACCAAAAUAUUGGAUGCUAUAUUUUUAGUCAAGAGAAAUGACGAUCUGUGGUCUCGCGAAUAUUGAAAUUGAUGGUGACAGCAAAGAAAUAUCUGUAUUUUGUAAACAUGAAUUGCCACAAACGGGAUCUAAAAUCAUAGGCGCUGUUUCUGUUCUGUUUGUUCAACCACCUGUUUUAACAGAGCAGUGCAAAAAUUCUCAAACCCACCGACAAAGCUUUACUGGAGCUGAUAAAUUUGGAGAAUAUCAUGGACAAACAGGUCAUAAUGGUCAACCAGAUAUUGUAUAUAAUCACAGUGAGAAGUUGAGGGUACCAUCAUCCUUGUCGGUUAUUAGUAUUCCAUUUGCCGAAUUACUCGAAAAACAUUUCUCCCAGCCACAAAAUUCUGAGAAGAGUAUAGAACAUCAGAGUGGUUCGGAUGUAGAGCAUCAGCAGUUUAGCCAUAACGAUCAAAACCUUUCAAAAGAGGACACCCUCACAGCUAGAAAAGUUAUAGUAGACCUGAGUGGAGAAUUGUCUCUUCCAGAGACUGAUACUAAUGUCGGGCAACGUGUUGAAGACAGUCCAGCAGAAAAAAUGACGAAAAUGAAACCGCAGACAAGCUCUAAUCCCAGUGUUCAAUCUGUACGCCAAAAGUUCAUGCAUAACCAAAAGUCUAUGAAGGUGCAAAACAAUCCAUGUACUUCAAGAAUGAUAUCCCUAUCCCGCCUGCCAGGUCAGGCUGAAAGAUUCCAGACGAGUGACCGAGAGUCGAGUUCAUCGUCAUACUCCCACAAUAUACAACGGUCAUCACACCAUUAUUCCUCCCAAAGAAAUUCCAGGUCGAUUAUCCUGAAGCGUAGAGGAUUUGAUUUGCAUUGUUUUGUGUGCCAUCAAGUUCUAGAAACAUAUAGACAAGUGGGAGAACAUUGUAGGUUACAUAAUCUGAGACAACAGUGCCCAGUAUGCAAAGCCAAAUUUUCAGCCACCUCCAAUAUGAAAAGACAUUGUUUAGGACACUUUAGUCAUGCAUUUUAUCCGUGUUCUUUCUGCAAGGCCACCUUUAGAAGAAAAGAUAAUCUCCGAACACAUAUGCUAAGACAUUUGCAAAGGGGCAAUAAAAGUAAAAAUGCUGAAAGUAAGGGGGAUAAGUCAAAUUGUCCAGAAGUGGCAAACCCAUCGGAUGAUGGAGAUGCUGCAGAUAAAGUAGUGGCUGAACAGUUUUGUGAAAUAGUAGAAAAUAUGGAAAGUUCUGAUCCAGGACCACAGGAAUAUGCUGGGGUUGUAAGCAUGUCAGUGAAGCAAGAAAAGGCAUCUGAAGAUGAGAAAGAAAUAAACGAAACUCCUGCCGAGAACAUGCAGGAAGAAUCUAGUAAUCCCAUAGAUGUAGAUCAGGAUAUUGAAGAUGGAAAUCCGAUAGAGGAGGGAAGGAUUGUCAGCUACAACUGCAGUUCUUGUGGAUUGAAAUUCUCUGACGUACAAAGCAUAAGAAAACAUGUAAUUAGGCACCAUGCUGAACAAAUCAAUCCAGGGACCAAUGAAGAAGAAGAAGUUAACAUGUACCUGCCACUUAGUCAAUCUGAACUGUACCAAGCACCAGAAGUAGAGCAUGCCUUAGCUGAUGAUCAUUCUCUGUCCCUAGUACCAGAUACUGCAGCAGACAAUGACCUAGCAAUGGCAAGCAACAGAAUUUUAUUUUCUAACCAAGGUUAUAACCUUAGUGAUGUUAUUGACAUUGAAAAUUUAAGUCAGAUGUCAAAUAGUGAUGUAAGUCAGAGCACAGUUACCUCAGAGCAGGCUUCAUGUGCAGGCAUGAACUCGUUAAGUGAACCUGCUUCAUUAAAUAUGCCAACAUCCUCUGGUCAUCCAAAACGUGGCGUCCUUGGGUCAACAGCGCUGAUCUGCAGUAUAUGUCAGCAAUACCUACAGUCGGGAGACUCCAUUAUGGAGCACCAAACCUUGCACACUAAUGUGAUGGGAAGGGCACUUUGGUGUGUAGUUUGUGGCACCCGUUUCAGUUCUAAGGAUUGUUUACGCCGUCAUGUUUACAAUCAUAUGGGCACUCGCUUUAAAUGUCCUAUGUGUUCAAGUGUAUAUAGUAGGAAAGAUAAUUUGAAGAAACAUGUCAAAGAUGUCCAUCAUUAUCAUUAUGACAAAAAUGGAAGUAUAAGGCCAUUAGUACAAUUUCAGGAAUGAUGAUAUCCAGGGAACUAUUCAUCGUUGCUAGCCAUGCUUACUGAGUUUGGGAGUACCUUGUGUGAACAGAGACAGUAGGCAAGGUUUGCGACGAUGGGAAAUACUCUACUUAUUUGUAUUUUUUUCACAUAGAUACAUUUUAUAUAAGAUUUCUUCCCAUUAUUUUCAUAUCUAUCUAUAUAUAUUUUUUUCAGUAGUAAGCCUACGAUUUUGCUGUUUUAUAGUGUUUUAUUUCUCAAGAAGAUUAAAAAUAAAAUGGAGCCAAAUCUUUAUACAAUAGUUCCAUCUAUGAAAGUCAAUUUAAAAUGAUAUUUAUAAAUACCUUUUUUUGUAGUAAAUGUUAUUGGUAUUAUUACUGUGAAGCAUUGCUCUAUCAAAAGUUUGGGUUUGUGAGGUAGGAGUGUAUACAUCUUAUUUAUUAUGGUAGAGGCAGACAAAGGAAAAGAGAUGUAGGGUUUAUUAAUCAUCGAAUGUUCUUUAAUUAGUCACAAACAUAAUGUUUCUAAUGUGAAAAAAUGACAAGCAGACAACACAGUGUUUGCUGCUACCUUUUGUUUCAGCAUUUAACAUGCUAUAUGGAACUCCAGUUAUUACUGUAUGUGCUAUAAUUAUUUUUAUCAAAAUGUUGUAGCAAGGAGAAUAUACCAAUCUCAUGAAUGUAAGAUGGUAAUAUAAAAUACAUGGUUUUAGUAAAUAAAGUAAACUUAAAAAUCUUCAUAUGAAGUAUGGGACUAGGGCCAUAAUUUAAGGUAGCUUACUACACUAAAGCUCAUUCUCUGUAUGACACCAUGUCACAAGGUGGCGAUUUAAAUGUUUUGUGAAAUUAUUUGUAUUGAUCGAUUUGUUUGUUUACCAUCAUAGCUCAGUGGUUAAAGCAUUGGGCUGGUGAACUGCAGAUCUUGAGUUCAAAUCCGGCAGAGUCUUUUGUUCAUAUGUGUUAAAAUAAAUUUUUGAAAAUCAUAUUUUUAACCAAAUUUACUUUCUGCCUUUUUGACAUAUAUAUUUACUUAUAUAUAGUUUAUGAUUAAAUCCAUUCAUACUGAUUUGAGAAACUAUUUCAGGGUGUAGUGAGCCACCUUCAUGUUUCUUUCUUUUAUAUAUAGAAAUAUAUAUAUACAUUGAUUAUUUUUUUCAGCUCGAUGGAUUUAUUAGUAUAUUACCGUAUCCAAGUUUAUGAAUAUUUUUAUUUGUAUAGAUCAUACAUUUGGCCAAUGAUUUGUUAAUUUAUGUACAAGUGUUUUAUACUCUUUAAUGAUUCCAAUAAAUUAUUUGUGCUAUA